AUGGAGCCUGACGCGCCUGAGCCCUCGUCCUCUGCCAGUGCUAGUGGCGCCUUCCCACGCCGCAACAGCCGCAACCGUACCUCUGAAUCGCCUGGCACCUCCUCUCCACGGAGCUCAGGUCAUGCUGGGUCUGUUUUGCCACAUCUUGCCUGGACAGGCGAAGGUCAGCCUUCGCAACCAUCAGAAGCUAGCAGCUGGCUCGCAGCCUCCUCAUUCCGACGCCAGUCCUUGGCCGACGCCAGGAGUAUCAACAGGACUCCAAGCCCGACGACCUUUGCAUCCAAGUCAAGUAGCUCAGCAAAGCCUUCGCUCCGGUGGCCUCCAAGGUCCAGCGGUCUUGCAGAGACGCCUCCUUCAGCCAACGGCUCUAGCCCCUUGGCCGUGGAAAAUGUCGCGGAUGCUCCAAAAGGCCUUGCUCAAAGAAGAAUGGAGUCAGGGCAACUCGAGGGCAGCCUUCUUGACAGCGUCAAAGCGGUUCACAUCACAGCCCCUUCAUACACGAUAGGUUCAGAUGGCACUCGUCAGAUGGUCUUUGAUAGUCCUGGAAUACGCACCGCCAGACCCAAGAUGACUCCUACUCAGAGAAAGCUCUUCUCACCCCGAGUCUUUCAUGGCAGACCACCAGGCCUGGCUCAGGAUGAUGCCUCAUUGACUCCGCGUCCUGCAGAGAUAAGUUCGCCUUCUUCUACGGUCUCCACUGUCGCCAGUGAAGAAGACGACGAUCGAUGCAUUGCAACACCUGAGGGAGAAGGUAGCGGCUUUCCGCCUGCAUUUCCCAGGCUUCUUCCUCGAGAGAAGAGCAAUCUAUCGAUGUCCCACUCGACGAUCAGGGAGGGAUCAUCCCGUGUAGAUACUAUGAGUGAUACAGAAACGAAUCGUACAGCUCAAGGCGCACGCCCUACCACCGCAGGCAGUGGUACCGAAAGUCCGAUCACCACAUAUUUAGGUGCUACGAGCAGAAGAGGGAGUCAAUCUGUGUACGACCGGCCCGCAAGCCGGCCAAGCUCAGGCAUCGGAUCUUACGCACCAGAGCAAAUUACGGGGGCGGCGUUCUCCUAUCCCGCCCUCCUCGGCAACGGAGAGGUGGCAGACACAUCUCCCUAUUCCAUCCCACCUCACCUUGGCGUCAGCGAAUCUCUCGACCCUUAUGACAUGGGCGACACAGGCAGCGCUGUCAGCGCAGGGCUCGAACUGGGCCUCGGCGCUGGUAUGGCUGCCGCUGCUCUGGCAGCUCAUCUUCCUGCAGAACAUCUGGCUCUGAAUGACUUUGCCGAACCCCGCUUUUCGCGCACAGCUGCCCUUGCUGAGGCUCGUACGAGCGCUGGCUCUCCUGGAUUCGUUGCGACGCGCACUGACAGCGACAUGUCGAGACAGAGCUCAAUUGAUCGAGAUGAAGUCGUUGUCGGAACCAGCUCUCGCUCAGACAAAGCAAUCGACGACAUAAUUGGCUUGCGAGACUCGACGUUGCCGUCCGCCGAUCUUUCCAGGAGGAAGACCACUGGGUGGGAGGCCACUCGUCUUCGGAGGGAGGGAAACCCUUCUGGAGAACAGAGGCCGACUCGAUCUGCGACGCAGGACCAGACCACUACGGCCAAAGACCCGCACACUUUGCUCUCUGGCUACUCCCAAGACGAAGACGAUCGAAGUCCUGUCGACGUCAACACUGCCCGCGAGCGCGCAGGCGCAACAGCAGAGGUUCGCUUUGGUGGCAUCUCCACGGAUCGUGAGAGUGUCGUCUCGUCUUUCGACAGUCGUUCUACGAACCACCGACAAUCUCGCAGUGGCAGCGUGUUAGAUACUCCGUCGCUGACAGGUCGAGGGCAGCCCAUGCUAAGCCCAGAUCUGACGUCUCAGCAUGACCCUCGAGGAGGUAGCAGCGGCUUGUAUGGCGCCUUUGGGCAAGGCGUAGAUGAGGAAGGACUCAAGAGGGCAAAGCAACGCCAAGCGAAGGAGGAAGCUCAAGGGAAUCUGCCCAGCUUUGGUAGCAAUGGAGGUCUGAUGGGCAGCAAUGUGGCUGGGCACUUCGGUCCUGGCAUCAGGGCCAAGGUGAUCGAAGUGCUCGACCCUCUCAUUGCGUCAGUACCAAUGACGGGUGUUGAGGGCGAGACCGUGAACAUUGUCGAGUAUGGUUGUCUCAACUCGAGAUCCAUACCACUCAUCCAGCUCAUCAUCUCCAAAUUCGUGCGACGGGCUCAUGCCAAGCCAGCGCUAUCGAUAGCACAAGAGGACAUCAACGUCGAGGGAGCAGGCCAGAUUGGACUCGAGUCCGAUGUCUCCUCUGGCUCAACGCGCAAUCGCUUUGCAGAAGCGCAGGCCAGCUAUCUCAAUAUGAGCGUCGUACAUGAAGAUGCACAGACUGCCGACUUCCGUCCUCUGGUGCAGUCGCUCGACUCCAGGCCAGAGUCUUACUUGAAUGCCUCUUGGCAAGCACACCACCGACCCGCUCUGCGGAAUUGCAUCUUUCCUUUUUUUGUGGCCAGGCCUUUCGCUUCAAGGAUCUGCCCUCCAUCUACCAUGCACUUUGGUCUCUCCUUGAUGGAUCUGCAUUGGAACCAUCUUCUCAACCCGUCAGUAUCUCUGGCUACCUCGGCCCAAGCGGAGUUGACCUCUUUCCUACGAGCUCGAGCUCAUGAGUUCAAGACGGGUGGCAUCCUGAUCUUAGCUUUCCUGGCUCGAUCUGGAGACCAAAACCCCACGCACACAGCAGGCGCAGGAAGACCUGGCGGCAACACGGAUAUCUGGACGAUGCUGCGCAAGACGCUCGUUCCUUGCAUCCAACGUCUUGUCUCUUGCGGGAUGCUCAAGCCAGAUGUGGCUCGCUACCUGCUAGAUUUGCCACUCCAUCCUCGAACUCCCCACCAGACGCAGACUGUUCUCAAUACCCUCCGACAUGCUUGGAAGGUAGAGUGGAGCUGCGGUUUGGGCGAAGAGAGUCCGCCCGCCCAGGGAGCCCAGAACGUUACAGGAGGGAAAGAGAAAGAUUCCGGGGCCUCAUCUGCCCGCGCUCGAAUGCCUUCGUCAUCGGGCUCGCGCUCCCGAUCUAAUUCCUAUGGCCUACGGAACGAAGCUCAGCCGUUGCGCAUUGCGCAUCCGGCUUGGAAGGCCUACUCGAAUGGUACUCUCUCCGAGGUAGCCCUGGCGGAGCACAUGAUUAUGCUCUUCAAGAACCUCUACGAGGCCCACUUCCGGACUGUCCUCCGCGAAAGGGGCAAGCUCUCCAAGGGCGCAGCCGAAUUCGUACUCGACUCUCUUUGGGACGCCCUCAGCUCGCGCAUUGAUGAUAAUGCUGGUGCGGCUGGGUCCAUGGAGGGUGUCGAGAUUGAGGUCACCAUUUGUGCGCUCAGGCGGCUCUAA